AUGUUUCUUCCUGUUUUACAACGUUUAUCAAAUGUCGAAUAUUUAAUAUUAUUAUUAGCUAUUGAAUUCGAAAGAAAUACAUCCAAACAUUUUAUUGAUGGGUUUGAUUUGGAUAAAGACAUUAUUUCAUACAUGCCUCAUUUAUGUCAAUUUCAUUUUCAUAUUCGUUCAAUAUUACCAAAUGUUUCUCAUGUAGAAAUCGAUACAAUUCGUCAAAGUUUUAUGAAACAACAACAAUCUGUUGAUUGUGCAAUCGAUUAUUUUAAUAAUGACCAUGGUCAAUGUCAAAUUUAUUCACUUCCAUUUAUAGGUACUCGUCUUGACUUUAUUUCAAAUCGAUUUCCACUCUUUGAUACUAAUAAAACAUUUUCAAUGGUUACUAAGUUAUUACUUUUCGAUGAUAUCCAACCGUUCGAAAAUGAUUUUUUUGAACGUAUCUCUCGAGCUUUACCUCAUCUUAAAACACUUGACAUAAUGAAUGAACUUGAACAACAAGAGAAAAUAGAAACGACAACAAAUAAUCUUGAAUUUACUCAUUUAACUACUCUGAUUUUAUUUGAUAUUCAUUUGAAUUAUGCUGAACAAUUACUUUGUCGAAGUCAUCUUCCUUCUCUUAUUGAACUUGCCAUUGAUAAUAAUAUAUUGUUAAAAAUAAUCGCUCAAGAUCAACAACAAGCAAAAGACAAUUGUUCUAGAGUAGGAACUGUACGAACUUUAGAUCCAUUCUAUCAUUCAAUAGAUACACUUCGAAAUUUUUUUCCACCAAAUUCCUAUGUUAAACAUCCGAAAGAAUAA